AUGAGAAAUCGUUAUGAAGAUUUAUAUGAAACAAAAAACUAAUUGUUAGGAUAGGGUGCUUUUGCUUAAGUUUAUUUGGGUGUUAAAAAAUCGAAUAAAUAGAAAGUAGCUGUUAAAAUUAGCAAUAGAAAUCUAGCUAUUUCUUAAUAAGAGAAAAUGAUUCUCAAAUAACUUUCACAAUAUCAACAUUAAAAUGUAGUUUAAUUAUUGGAUAUAUUCGAUUAACCAGAAGCCUUAUUUAUAGUACAAGAAUACUGUUCAGGUGGUACCUUAUAUGAAAUGAUGUUAAAUAAAACAUUCACAGAAGAAUAAAUUGUUAAUAUAGCUUUGCAAGUAGCUCAUGGAUUAGCUUUCUUACAUAGUAAAAACAUAGUUCAUAGAGAUAUUAAACCAGAAAAUAUUCUUAGAUAAAUUGAUGAAUAAGGUAUGGAAAUCUUUAAAAUCACUGAUUUUGGUCUAAGCAGUGUGAAAUUAGAUAGAAUGACUACUACUAAAGUAGGAACUGCUUAUUAUGUUGCUCCAGAAAUUCUUGAUAAAUAAUAAUAUGAUAAAUCUGUUGAUAUUUGGGCACUUGGACUUAUAAUUGAUGAAUUACUUCACAAGACACCAUUUUAUAAUGGAAUGUCUGAAGAAGAAGUAUUCUUUAAAAUUAAAACUACUAAUUACAUUAUUAGAGAUUAAUAAUACUCAUAGGCUACUAUAUUUGAUCAUAAGAAAAAUGUUAUAAAAAGUCUAUUAUAAAAUUGUAUCUAAAAGGACCCUAAAUAAAGAAAAGAUCUAAAUUGGAUUAUUUAAACUAUUUCUGAAUACUAUUUAUAAAGUCCAAGUAGUUUUGAAAUACAUUAAAAUACAAAUAAUGAUAGAUAUAUCUUUGCAGAUAUUUCACUUGUUUCUUAAUCAACUCUAUGUGAAUAAACACAAAAUUUUUAAUUACCUACUUAUUCAAAUGAUUCUUAAUCUUAAAUUGAAGAAUGUCCUUUUCAUCAUUAACCUGUCAAAUAUAGGAUGCCAGGUAUUAAUGAUAAUGCUGUUACUAAUGCAUGUUAAAAAUGUUUAUAAAUUUAUGGCAUUUUUGAUCAAAAAGAAUUUCAAUCCUAUUUAUUAUAAACUAAUUUUGAAUUAAAUUCAUUUUCAGUAGAUUCUUAUUUUUCUUAAAAUGAAAUUAUUAUAGAAGCACUUAGCUAUCUCAAUUAAUUUAACUUAUUUCAAGAGAAAGAAAAGCUAGUAUAAGAGUUGAGAAGUAUUGUGAUUAAACAUCAUCGAAAUCUAAGACAAGAAUAUAUUCAAUAUUAAGAUGAUGUAAAAUCUAUGAAUACUAAUGCUAAAUGGAUUAAUGAAGCAUUUAAGCUCAACCUUACAAUCUCUCAAGAUAUGCCAAAUAAAAUUAUUCUUUAUCUAGUUUCUAAAUGUUAUGAAAAAAAAGAGAUUUCAAUUUAGGAAUGUAGAUAAUUUAUAAAAGAAUAACUUAAAUUACUUUAAUAAUAUAUUGAUUCUAUGCUAUGA